AUGCCUCCGACGACUUCAAUCCCGCGGUUCCUGCUACCGCAGAGGAGCGCAAUGUGGCGUACACGUCUCUCGAUACCCGCUUCAACCUCCCACACGAUGCGCAAUGCCUCGAACCAGAAAAAGAACUCGAACUCGAAAUCAAAGCCACUCGUGCUCGAAAAGCCUUCCAAGUUCACACCUCCAUCCCACCCAGCUCAACUCCGUAAACAGGGCCCUCGAUAUCCAGGUCCCCAGUUAUCCGAUGAGGAGAUAGCGAGGCAAACGACAAAGAAGUACCCGAAUAUGAUGCCUCCGGAGGGGAGUUUUAUGCAUUGGUUUAUGAACAACAAGACUAUUCACAUGUGGAUUACGCUGGGCACGCUUUUCACGUUAGCAGGAACUGUCUGGAUCACAAACUUCAAGCGCAAUUCUCCAUUUGCAGAUAUGCUGCCUUCAUGGACACAGUUAUUCAUCCACCCAAUAGCAUGUGUCCGCACGUUCAUGGAAGUCUUGAAAUUGGACUCCGAGCGCAGUACUGCGGAAACGAUGGAACGAAGGAAGAGGAAGGUGGAGGAUGUGCAAAAGCGGGCUGCGUACCGGAAAGCUCAUGGCAUGGAGACGGAUGAUUUUGGCGGAUGGACCGCAAAGAGUGAUGGACAGCUAUUGGGCCCUGGCAUGCCAAUUGGCGAUGCGGAAGGAGAACAGCCAACUGAGCAAGUGAGACCCAAAAAGCCGCUGAAGAAGUGGUUGGGAAUUUGGUAG